GCGGUAUUUACUGUCAGUCACGAAAGCCACUGCGGCAUGGCGGGGAUGAGGAUGAAUGAGGGACGAGGUCUGGGGAAAAUAUGUAUGUGCCGUAUGUGAACUAACCAGGAUAAGACACAAUGCGUAUAGCAGACUGACACGAGAACCUUUACCGAGACGCUUGCCCGGUAUAGACGAUCGUUGUUGAGCGAGUGGUGCAUUCCCAGGGAAGAUGUAUGCAGUCUACAGACAGGCACACCCACCUACUGCAGUCGAGUUUGCAGUCUACUGCAAUUUUUUCUCUAGUGAGGAGAAAAAUCUAGUAGUGGCCGGUACAUCCCAAUUGUACGUUUACCGUCUGAUACAUGAUGUGGAGAGCACGAACAAGACAGACAAGUCCACUGAGGGUAAAAACCGUAAAGAGAAGUUGGAACAGGUGGCAGCUUUUUCGCUUUUUGGAAAUGUUAUGUCAAUGGCCAGUGUCCAGCUAGUUUCAGCUAAGCGGGAUGCUCUUUUGCUUAGUUUUAAGGAUGCUAAGCUGUCAGUAGUGGAGUAUGAUCCUGGAACACACGAUCUGAAAACUCUUUCACUUCAUUAUUUUGAAGAGCCGGAGUUGAGGGAUGGAUUUGUGCAAAAUGUCCAUAUACCGAUUGUUCGAGUGGAUCCAGAAAAUCGUUGUGCAGUUAUGCUGAUAUAUGGGACACGACUAGUUGUUUUGCCUUUCAGAAAAGACACUUUAACUGAUGAACAGGAAUGUGUAGUAGGAGAAGGGCAGAAAUCUAGUUUUCUCCCCAGUUAUAUUAUUGAUGUCAGAGAGCUGGAUGAGAAAUUACUUAAUAUAAUUGAUAUGAAGUUUCUGCAUGGAUAUUAUGAGCCAACUCUGCUGAUCCUCUUUGAGCCCAACCAGACAUGGCCAGGACGAGUUGCUGUCCGACAAGACACCUGCAGCAUUGUUGCUAUUUCUCUCAAUAUCAUGCAAAAAGUCCAUCCAGUCAUCUGGUCGCUCAGCAACCUACCCUUUGACUGCACUCAGGUGAUGGCAGUUCCUAAACCAAUAGGUGGUGUUGUAGUGUUUGCUGUAAACUCACUCUUAUACUUAAAUCAGAGCGUUCCUCCCUAUGGUGUAUCACUGAACAGUCAGACUAAUGGGACAACUGCAUUUCCCCUGCGUGUUCAAGAAGAAGUGAAGAUAACAUUGGAUUGCUCACAGGCUACUUUUAUUGCAUCAGACAAAGUGGUCAUUUCAUUGAAAGGAGGAGAAAUUUAUGUACUGACACUCAUCACUGAUGGAAUGAGAAGUGUGAGAGCAUUUCACUUUGACAAAGCAGCUGCCAGCGUUCUUACAACAUGUAUGGUGACUAUGGAGAAUGGCUACCUUUUCUUAGGCUCUCGUCUUGGUAACUCCUUGUUACUCAAGUACACUGAAAAACUACAAGACGCUCCCAUGGAAGAUGGGAAGGAAAAUGAAAAGCAGGAGGAACCCCCAAACAAAAAGAAGCGGGUUGAUCCUUCUGGUGCUUGGGCUGGUGGAAAGGGGGCUUUGCUGGAUGAGAUGGAUGAGAUUGAAGUUUAUGGCAGUGAGACUCAGUCUGGGACUCAGUUGGCGACCUUUUCUUUUGAGGUAUGUGACAGCAUAUUGAAUAUUGGCCCAUGUGCAAAUGCUUCAAUGGGAGAGCCUGCUUUCCUUUCAGAAGAGUUUCAAAAUAAUCCAGAACCAGACCUAGAAGUGGUCGUUUGCUCAGGAUAUGGAAAAAAUGGAGCAUUGUCUGUGCUUCAGAAAAGUAUUCGACCUCAGGUUGUUACCACUUUUGAGCUCCCAGGUUGUCAUGAUAUGUGGACGGUCAUUUCUUCUGUGAAGAAAGAGGAUACUGUCCCAGAAGAGGGCUCAGAAACGACAGAAGGAGUACAACCUCCAAACAACCCGGAUGACGAUGGAAAGAUGCAUGGCUUUCUCAUCUUAAGCAGAGAAGACUCUACUAUGAUACUGCAAACUGGCCAGGAAAUUAUGGAGCUUGAUACUAGUGGUUUUGCUACCCAAGGUCCAACUGUGUUUGCAGGCAACAUUGGGGAUAACAAGUAUAUUGUCCAGGUUUCUCCAAUGGGCAUUCGUCUUUUAGAAGGAGUGAACCAAUUGCACUUCAUUCCUGUUGAUUUGGGAUCUCCCAUAGUGCAUUGUUCAGUAGCAGACCCUUAUGUGGUUAUCAUGACUGCUGAAGGGCAGGUCACCAUGUUUGUUCUGAAGAGUGACUCUUACAUGGGAAAGACUCACAGACUUGCCCUUCAAAAACCACAAAUACAUAUGCAAUCCCGUGUUAUUACUCUUUGCGCAUACCGAGAUGUCAGUGGCACAUUCUCAACAGAAAACAAGGUUUCCAGUGCCGCAAAAGAGGAUGUAGCAACCCGGACACAUUCUGAGGCAGAGACAGUCAUUCAAGAUAUGAGUAACACUGUGGAUGAUGAAGAGGAAAUGUUGUAUGGGGAUUCAAGUAUGUUCUUUAGUCCUUCCAAAGAAGAGCCUAAUCGUUCUGCUUCUUCUGCCAACAUGGAUAACAAGGACUCCGUCCAGUUUAAAAUGGAGCCCACCCAUUGGUGUAUGGUGGUUCGUGAAAAUGGAGUCAUGGAAAUCUAUCAGUUACCCGACUGGCGUUUAGUAUUCCUUGUAAAGAACUUUCCAGUGGGUCAGCGAGUUCUGGUAGACAGCUCUUCAGGACAGUCUGCUCAAGGUGAGGUCAAGAAAGAAGAAGUUACGCGACAAGGAGAGAUACCAUUAGUCAAGGAAGUGUUGCUUGUCUCACUUGGAAACCGCCAGUCCCGUACCUAUCUUCUGGUCCAUGUAGACCAAGAACUUCUAAUCUAUGAAGCCUUCAGGUAUGACCUUCAGCCAGGACAAAAUAAUCUCAAAGUCCGUUUCAAAAAGGUUCCUCACAAUAUUAAUUUCCGUGAGAAAAAAUUAAAGCAGUCAAAGAAAGACAAGAAAUCAGAUGGGAUUUCAGGCGAUGAAUCUGCUAUAAAAAGUCGAGUGGCAAGAUUUCGUUACUUUGAAGAUAUAUCCGGUUACGCUGGGGUGUUCAUCUGUGGACCAUCCCCCCACUGGCUUCUGGUAACUUCCAGGGGUGCUCUGCGACUGCACCCCAUGACCAUCGAUGGCCCAAUUGAAUCCUUCUCCCCAUUCCACAAUAUAAACUGUCCAAAAGGAUUCUUAUACUUCAACAAGCAGGGAGAACUUCGAAUUAGUGUUUUGCCGACGUACCUUUCUUAUGACGCACCUUGGCCAGUAAGGAAGAUACCUUUACGAUGUACUGUGCAUUAUGUCUCUUAUCAUGUAGAAUCCAAGGUGUAUGCUGUCUGCACAAGCGUGCAUGAAAUUUGCACACGUAUCCCUAGAAUGACUGGCGAAGAGAAAGAAUUCGAAGUCAUAGAAAAGGAUGAGAGAUACAUAAGCCCACUGCAGGAGAGGUUUUCCAUUCAGCUUAUUUCACCAAUCAGCUGGGAGACAAUCCCAAAUACGCGAAUUGAACUUGAAGAGUGGGAACACAUAACCUGCAUGAAAACGGUGGCUUUGAAAAGUGAAGAAACUGUGUCUGGCUUAAAGGGUUACAUUGCAGCAGGAACGUGUCUAAUGCAAGGAGAAGAGGUCACUUGUAGGGGAAGAAUUUUAAUCAUAGAUAUUAUUGAAGUGGUCCCAGAGCCCGGACAGCCACUCACAAAAAAUAAGUUUAAAGUCCUGUAUGAGAAAGAACAGAAGGGACCUGUCACUGCUUUAUGCCAUUGUAAUGGUUACCUCGUCUCUGCCAUUGGUCAAAAGAUUUUCCUUUGGAGUUUGAAGGAUAACGAGCUCACUGGGAUGGCCUUCAUUGAUACCCAACUAUACAUCCACCAGAUGUUUAGCAUCAAAAAUUUCAUCCUCGCAGCUGACGUCAUGAAGAGCAUUUCAAUUCUCCGUUACCAGGAGGAGAGCAAGACGCUUUCUCUUGUUAGUCGGGACGCCAAACCUUUGGAGGUUUACAGCAUCGAAUUCAUGGUGGACAAUUCCCAGCUUGGCUUUCUAGUGUCAGAUCGAGAUAAAAAUCUCAUGGUUUAUAUGUACCUGCCAGAAGCAAAAGAAAGCUUCGGAGGGAUGCGCCUGCUUCGGCGUGCGGAUUUUAACGUUGGUGCUCACGUGAAUGCUUUCUGGAGAAUGCCCUGUAGAGGGGCAAUGGAGGGGCCGAGCAAGAAGUCACUAGCCUGGGAGAACAAACACAUCACCUGGUUUGCUACUCUAGAUGGUGGGAUUGGACUUCUUCUGCCAAUGCAGGAAAAGACGUACCGUCGACUACUAAUGUUGCAGAAUGCGUUGACUACCAUGAUCCCACACCACGCUGGCUUAAACCCUAAAGCAUACAGAAUGCUGCACGCUGACCGACGUUCCCUCCAGAACGCAGUCCGGAAUAUCUUGGACGGUGAACUACUGAACAAAUAUCUCUACCUGAGCACCAUGGAGCGCAGCGAACUUGCAAAAAAAAUUGGAACUACCCAAGAUAUAAUAUUAGAAGAUUUGCUGGAAAUCGACCGAGUGACGGCGCACUUCUGAGCAGACGUCCACCUCUGCAGGUUCGCACCCCCAUGAAGCUAUUGUAGAAUGCCUUAACAUUUUCUUAAGGCUUUUUUAUACAAAACAUUUUUGAGCAAGCAUUCUUAAAAUUGUAAAGUUUUUUUUUUUUUUGUUU